CGAAAAGAUGCAGUACGUAAUAUCGCUUGGUUAACUUGUACUGAAUCAAUUAGACUUAAAUACUUUGAAAAUCUUGCUGAAAAAGUUCAAAAUGGUGAAAAAGAAGAUGCUAUACAACAUUUUUUGAAUCCAAAACGACGCAUAGAAAGUUGGUUUGUACGUACAGUUGAUAAUAAUUCAAGCGGAAAUCCCGAACAAAAAUAUAAAGAUACUUUUAGUGCAGAAUUUAAACGAGUACUUCAAGAAAUUCGUAACUGUCAAAGUUUUGAGGAAAUAAAGAAAUUUGUAAACAAUUACAUGAUUCAAGUUGAUAAGGUUGAUUACAAAUUAGAUCUUAACGGUGAAAUUACGGAAAAUGAUUUAAAAAUAUUCCGAGACACUAUCGAGAAAGAGCUUGAAACUAAAGGGAAUAAUCAUCCUCCAAGACUAGAACCUUUUCAAAAGCCAUCUGAUGACAAAUCAAUCAUGGAAAGGCUUGGAUGUACUGAAGCAUGCUAUUGGUGUGGUGCUUUGUGCUGGGGAUCUCGGGAUCAUCACGAAAACAGUGACAAAACAAAAACACAUCAUUCUAGUCAUCAACCCGCAGGUCUAGCAUGCGUAUCAGAUAAAUACACGGGCGAACUUAUAGCAACGCCAUGUCAUAAUAGAACAGAUGACACGAACGUGUGGUAUUUUGGCAAAGACGUACCAACAAAAUGGGGUGUUGCAAAAGUCCUAGAUUUUCCAGAUUGGAAAUUUGAUUCUCAUUGCAUAUAUGUUUUUAACGAUCUUAUGUGUUGGUUCUUCGAAAAGUUACAUGAAGAUUUGGCAAAAAGACGCAAUUUAAAACCAGCUUCUUCUGCUAAUUUGAUACAAAAUGGCUUAUUCUUAAAUUAUAAUGAUAUUAUUAGCACACUCAGAACAAAAAUUGGAGAGGACCAGGACUCCGACGAUAUACGUAUAAUUUUAUAAUUUUAUAUCAAGAUAUUUUUUAAGUUUUUUAUAUGGAUUGCCUUUAUACUGAAGCUUUACUGUAUAGGUCAAUCUGAUAGUAAUUUAUCUCUCAGCAAAAUCUUAGUUAAUUUUUUUUAAGAAU